UUUCUUUUACUUUUUCGCUACCUUUCUCUGAUUUCAACCCAUAACUCACAAUUCACUCUCGUAUUCCUUCUCCGUUUCUCUCUUCUCACUCACAUUUCUGUUGUCUCUUCCUGGACAAGUCUGCUCUCUGCAACUAUCGAAUUUUCUGGCAAAAGGGCUCGUCAACGAAGUUCAAGAAGUGAAUUAGCAGAAUAAGUUUGGUUUGUUACUGAAAAUGUCCAAUUGUGUCAAGAAAUUUCCUACGAAAGAGUUCUCCACGCCUCCUCGGACAUGGAAUUCGUCACCCUGUUCUCCGAUGCCAACAACAGAGAAGAAGCGAUCGUCACCUCCUGUUAGAGCUGAUUCUUUUCAUGUCAUUCACAAGGUGCCCGCCGGAGAUUCUCCUUAUGUGAAGGCCAAACAUGUUCAGUUGAUAGAAAAGGAUCCUAGCAGGGCUAUCUCCUUAUUCUGGUCUUCAAUAAAUUCUGGUGAUCGAGUUGAUAGUGCCUUGAAAGAUAUGGCAAUUGUGAUGAAACAAUUGAAUAGAGCUGACGAGGCCAUCGAGGCAAUCAGAUCAUUCCGUCAUCUUUGCCCGUUUCAAACUCAGGAAUCUCUUGAUAACAUCCUUAUUGAUCUCUACAAGAGGUGUGGUAGAUUCGAAGAACAAAUUCAGUUGCUUCAACACAAGCUGAAGCUUGUUGAAGAAGGUACAGCAUUCGGUGGGAAGAGGACAAAGAUAGCCAGGUCUCAAGGGAGGAAGCUUCAUGUAACCAUUGCCCAAGAGAAAUCAAGAUUAUUGGGGAAUUUGGCCUGGGCUUACAUGCAACAGAACAACUACCAAACUGCCGAAGAAAUUUAUAGGAAAGCCCUCUCUAUAGAACCAGAUAAGAACAAGCAAUGCAACCUUGCUGUCUGCUUGAUGCUGAGAGGGGAGAUAAAAGAAGCCAAGUCUCUGCUACAGGAAAUAGCACCUUCUACCAAAGAUCGAGAAGUAGGAGACUCCUACAUUAAAUCAUUUGAUCGUGCCUCAGAGAUACUGGUUGAGCUUGAGUCACAAUCAAUUCUGGGCACAGUUAAGAAUACAGAGGAGAUUAAAGACACCCACAGAUCUUUAACUCCCAUUAACAAAAAUUCAAAAGCAUUGGCUUUAUUCUUCAAUGAUCAGAAUCAAGGUUGUGACUUCUUGGGCUGUAGAAAGUGGGAAGAUGAGAACAACCAAGAAUUGGUGUCUUCACAGGUCAAUUCGAAUAGUUCUAUUGAAAAGCAGAAGAAAAUAUCAUGUUCCCGAAAUCUGUUCAAGAAUGAAGUUGGUAUCUCUGGCUUUGAGAAGAGAAGAUGGGGUGAUGAGACAGAGUUUGAAGGAAUUUCUGCACAGAAUAGGACAAAUACUCAUGGAACUUCACAACCCGUCUCUUUCCAACCAAGGCAUGAUCAGCAGUCUUAUGAGAGGCCUUUGUAUGUUGAUAAAUGGAACAAAGGAGUUUAUUCACCUAGGGAGCUGGAGAGCAUUUCUGGCCUACCUUGCUCUCAGGAUGGAAGAUGCAGUAGUGAGAGGGGUAUCAAAGAAGAUUCUGCAAACAAUUGCACAGAUAAAAAUGUCAAAGUAUUUGAUCUCACAGUUUCUGACCACGGAGAUUUGAAGCCUAAAUGGACAGGAGCAAUAUGUAGUUCAAAAUAUCCCAUUAGAGGCGACAAGAAAAGAUCAUGUGGAGCAGAGUGUUGUACAGUGACAGACGGAAGUCCAAAUACUAAACUAUUGAUUGAACAAUCAGUACCAAUUGAAAAAGCCCAUGCAACACCUCCACAAAAGCUUAAAUCCAAUAGUGGGGAUGGGGAUCAUAGGUCUGAAACUGCAGUCGAAUGCAUUGAAGGCAAAAAUGUUGGAAGGAAUAACUGUUAUGUAGCGGAUAAUCUUUCAGUAUCCAUUAUUACAGGCACUCCAAAGCCAACUAGAGCUUACUCUAUCUUCAAGAGUGAGAAGAGUUGGGCUGAUAUGGUUGAAGAAGAAGAAGAAGCAGAAGAAGCACUCUCAACUUCAAAAAUGGAAUUUAUGACCAAUAGAGAGACAACACUGUCCCAAGACUCAUCAGUUUCUUUUCAAACCUCUACAAAAUGGAUCAACGAAUGUAAUUAUGGAGAAUCCUUUCAUGAUGAAAAUUUGAACUCCAACAUCACCAGUGGCACCAUUCCUCCUUGUUCCGUCACUGAAACACGCCCACUAUUGCAGUUACCUCCUCAGAACUAUGCUGAGAAUUUAAGACAGAAGCUUCAAGCAGUUGAUCUGAAAGAAGGAUAUUCGAGGAGCAAGGGUGAGGUUAGGAAUCCAAUUUCUCAGCGCAAGUGGGACUCAGCAGACAACUACUGUUCUGCAUCGCCGAAAAAGGGCUUGACUUUUAAUGAUCGUAAUUUUGUACAAGCAAGGGGAAGUGACUCUGCUUGUUGGAAUAUUUCAAAGGCAAAGUGGACAAAUAACAGGCUUCAGGUUUUCAGAAACAUCACUCCAGAUAGCCCAAGAACUUGAAUUUAAUCUGUAUUUCUGACUGGAAACCUAUAUGUGUAUAGAGAAAACAGGCAUAUUUGUACAAAACAAAAUUGAUGUUCUACAUCCUUAGUAUUCCUAUUUGAUUCUAGUUCUGUAAUCUUGGUUCUGGUUUAGUAGUUAGAGGUCUACAUGUAUUCUGUUUCA